AUGCACGUGGGUCCUCGUCCCGGGUCCGAUGACAUGGGUGAGACGGUGCCUGGGGUGCUGGUGGUGACUCCUUUGCGCUUGGAGGAUGGCUCCACGGUCCUGGUGAACCGAGGGCAUUUGCCCACCUACCGCCUCGAGCGCGCGACGCGCCCUGAAGUCCCCACGUGGGUUCGAGUGCGUGGUGUUCUUGAGGAGGGCGAAAUCCCCAACUUUGCUGGAAAGUAUGCAAGGCUCCGGAAUCGUCCGGACAAGAACCAGUACCUUUACCUGCUAGCUGAUGAGCUUGCCGAGAACGCAAACGCCCGGAACCACGAGGAAUGCGCGCAGGCACUGGUGACAGCCAUCGACGUCCUCUAUGAGGAUGUGCGUCAUGCGAUUGGGUGUGUCGCUGGUGUGAUUGAUGGAUGCCCUGGGGCCCUAGGGACAGGAGUUCGUGGAAUUGACAGACCGCUUGGCUCAGCAUGGCUCGGUCUCACCGCACCUGGUGAUCGGUGCUCGGAGCUCGGUCCAUUGGUCCAGGGAAUGGAAGAUCACCAGGUCCAUUGGAAGAGCUCGAUCUUCCCAGGCACCGUGAACACGGCCUGUCAGCUACUUGGCGACCAGAGGGACCGAAAGGGUCGGGGCACCAAUCGAGAUGUCUCGAAGAAGGGGAAGGUCAAUGGUGAGCCAGAGUUCAAGAAGGACGACUACUGCAAAUUCUUUCUGGUGGGCUACUGUCCCGGCAAAACGCUGGGAAGGGAGAUCGAAUCGUUACGUGCGGAGUUCGACCCCAAGAGCGUGAUUGCUCCAUGCAAUAAACUCCACUCGAUUGGGGUGAGAGAAGAAUUCAAAGCACACAAAGACUAUGAGAAGUACAAGCGUAGAUAUGAAGAUGAUCUCCUACACUUGAUUGACAAGGGGAUUCGAGAGUGCGAGGAUAAGGUGGCGCGGGAGAAGCGCAGGCAUGUGGAGGGCAUCGCCGUGAUGAUUGACCAGGAGAGUGGGGACACCGGGGAGACACCGGGGCCGAUCGACGGAUGGCAUUAUAUGGGCACAAUCGAAGGGUCUUCAGAAAGCCCUGACCGGCUCUGCGAGAUCUGCGGUUUGAAGUACAAGCUCCGCUUCGCGGACAUCAACGUGCGCGAGACGGAGGGCGGAAAGUAUAAGCCGGACAUCCACCCGGAGUGCGACCUGUAG